AUGGCAUCGCAGCACUACUGCCGUGCCGUUGGCUCAGCUUCAUUUCCUAGUGUUCUACCCUUUGUGUGUUCUUCACACACCGCGCGACGUUCUUCCCUUCAUUUCGGCCCUGUGGAAGCUCCACCCUCAGGGCGCACGCUUUACGUGAGUUUCCAUUAUCCAUCCGACAUUCUCCUGGAGAAUGCAGUCGUUUUUGAGCAACUACGUGGACUACAUCUUUGCCGCCAUGAGUUCAUCGUCCUGGCCACCUUCGCCAUCUCCUUCACGCUUUGGCGCCACUUCGGACGCUCCGCCCGCCAGUCCCGAAAAGUUGGGCUGGUGGAGGCACCCGUGGAGAAAUGUCCGGCGCCGAAGGCGCCACGUGGCAAGAGCUCCCGCAACUUCACCGACCAGGAGAAGGAGCAUGUGAAAGCUGCGGAGAAGGAGAUGCUGGCGUUCCUGGCCUCCUGCGAGUUCACCCGGGCAUUGAACCAGUACCGCGGGCUUCAGCGAACAGGUCUGGAGGUGUUGUUGAGCGAGGAGUUAUUUGCCUCCUUCGUGCAGUCCGCCGUGCGAGUCAACAAGGUGGAUGUGGCCGAGCGCAUGCUUCGGACCAUGCGGCGCGGCGGCCUCGUCCCAUCGCCCGAGUUCUGGCAGCACACCAUGAAGCUCCUCUCCAGUCGCCGUUACUUUGAGCUGUGCCUCUCCGCCUACAGCAUCUUCGAGCACCUGAUUCCCGCAGACAAGGUCACCUUCUCCUGCCUGAUCAAUGCGGCGCUCGAGCUCAAUCUGCCCGACCGCACCCCGCCACUGCUCGCGAAGUUCAGCGAGGCGAGCAUUGCACCCAAGGACUAUGUACUUCAUUUCCGAUGCUACGUGGCGCUGGGAAACGUCAAGGAUGCUGAAAGGCUUUUUCAGCAGCUUGACACCAAGGCCACCACUCUGAUGUUGAACCUCCUCCUCCUCACCUGCAUCAACUGCGGGCGUUCGGAGCGUGCCUUCGAGCUUCUGCAGGAAGCCCACGAACGGGAGCGUCGGAUGAAGGAGCCUCUGGUGGACAUCGUCUCCUACAACACCGUGAUGAAGGGUUUCGGGACGGCUCGGUCCCGACUUCGCUGCUUCGAGUGCAUGCGAAGCCUCCUGAAGCACAAUUUGCAGCCGGACGACAUCACCCUCGGCGCCCUCCUGGAUGCUUGCAUGGCGGAGAACGAUCAUACAGUGGCCAGCGAGAUCAGCGAGCUGUUUCUGAAGAACAACGAGGAGCUGAAUCGAGUCAUGUGUACGCUCUUGAUCAAGGGCUUCGUGCGGAGUGGAGGCCUCCAGAAAGCCUUGGCGCUCUUUGAGACCAUGAAGCAAGCAAGCGUUGUCCCAGACAUCAUUGCAUAUUCCGUGCUCAUCAAGGGCCUCGUUGACCAGCACCACCUGAAGCAGGCUUUGGACAUACUGGAAGAGAUGAAGGCCAAUGGCCAGAUCCCCGAUGACAUCAUCCUCACCCACCUUCUGGAAGGAUGCCGAUACGAGCGCAACUGCGAGCUUGGGCGGCAAAUCUUCCAGGACCAGGUGGCUUUGGGAGUUGCUCCUUCCGAUGUCACUUUUGUGACCCUCUUGAAGCUCUUUGGGCGUUGUGGUGCCCAUCAGGAGGCCUUGGAAUUGGUCCAGUCCUGGGAGAAGAGGUUUGGAGGCAAGCCUACCGUGAUCCACUACACCUGUCUGAUGAGCGGCUGCUUCCGGACGAGGAAGUAUGAUAGUGCCUGGGCAGCUUUCGAGCUAAUGCUGGCAAGCGGUAUUGAGCCGGAUGCUACGACUAUCGCCACGAUGCUGCCCGGCAUGGUGGCAAGUCAGCAGUGGGAUCGAGUGAUGAUCUUGGCGCGCAAAGCUUUCCGCGAUGCCAGCAACCUUCCCGUGGAGGCCUUGAACCACGCGCUCGCGCAGAUGAGCUGCUCCUCGGCCCCUUCACAGUUUGUCGAGGAGCUGAAGGCCUCCAUGAAGCAGGCGGGGAUCCGAAUCUCGGCUCGAGGCGCCGCCGGCCGGUGA